AUGGACUCCAUUGACAUCCCCCAAACGCAAAUAGUCGCACUUGUGCGCAGCCUCGGCGGAGAGGUUGAGUUCAAAACAGAUUAUCCCGUCCCUUCCCCAGGUCGGAAUGAAGUCCUCGCCAAAGUGCUCUACAGCGGCGUCUGCCAGAGUGACCUCCACACCAAGUCUGGCACAGCAGCCGGCCCAGACGGGAAUCCAAUCACGAACAUCAAACUACCCCACGUCGGCGGCCACGAGGGAAUCGGACAAAUUGUGGCCAUAGGCCCAGAUAUCACGCACAGCACGGGGAUUAAAGUCGGCGGACUAGUUGGAAUCCGCUUUGCGAGUCGCAUCUGUCGGCGUUGUGAGUUCUGCCUUGCGGGUACAGAGCAGUAUUGCACGAACGCGACGAAUCACCUUCAUCAUGAGGAUGGAAGCUUCCAGCAGUAUAUUGCGUUGGAUGCAGAUUAUUUGACUGUGUUGCCGGAUGAUAUUGAUCCAAAGGUUAUGGGACCUGUGCUUUGUGCAGGGUUGACGGCGUAUAAGGCAGUCUUGAAUGCAAACCUUCGGCCUGGAAAUUGGCUUGUGGUUGUGGGGGCAGGUGGAGGUCUUGGGCACUUGGCUGUACAAUAUGCCAGGGCGCAGGGUGCUUUGGUUAUUGGCGUGGACACGGGUCCCGGAAAGGCAGAUUUCAUUCGCGGCAUUGGAGCUCAGGAGUUCAUUGACUUCGCUACCGAGGAUCCUAUUAGAAAGGUGCAGGAAAUCACUGGUCUGGGAGCACACGCGGUGGUUGUGACCGCUGGUAAUGCCAAGGCAUUUGCUCAUGCAUGCGAAAUGCUGCGAGUGGGUGGUACGCUCAGCUGUGUCGGAAUCCCACCAGGUCGACCCUGUCUCGAGACACCAAUUUGCACGAUUGUCAUCAAGGGGCUGAGAAUCACCGGUAAUCUGGUGGGCUCCUUGAAAGAAUGCAUGGAAGCUAUUGAAUUGGUGCGACGUGGCGUCGUGAAGCCUGUCGUCAAGGUCCGCCCAUUCAAGGACCUGCCGCAGAUUUAUGAGGAGAUGGAGAAGGGAGAUAUUGCAGGACGUAUUGUGAUUCAGCUUACGGAAUGA